AUGUCGUCUCUAGUGCCCUUUUCGCGUCUUAUUACGUGCCUCUUCCUUGUCGUCGCCAUGGCGUGCGGCGCGCGGGGAGCAACCCCCGUGGCACCGGCGACAGGAGGGCGCUACAUCACGGUCGGUAGCACGAGCGAGAAGUUUAACUAUGCGUGGAACCCCAAAGUCAACUACGCUAAUUGGGCGUCAACAGACGAAAACACGGUGUAUACAGGAGAUGUGCUAGUGUUUAACUACCCCGCCUACUCCGACGAGGUUUAUAAGUUUGACGACGUCACGGCUUUUCAGCGGUGCCAGUUCUGGAAAGCCACGAAGGUCUGCAGCGACACGGACGGCGAGGCGGGAUGCACGGUGCGAGUCGACACGCCCGGGCUCGCGUUCUUCGCGUCGGGCAUGAUUGCGCGAUGCACAUGGAAUAGCAAGCUGAACAUCUCUGUGGUUCAGCGCGGCACCCCGCGGAACGUCUAUGUAGGAAAGUUAAUGCCUGGUUACACGUACCAGUGGAACCCUGCUGUUAACUUCACCGACUGGGCUGCGACUACAACGAUAUACGUCGGAGACUCUCUUGCCGCCACAAAUGGCGGUACUAGCGCUUACACCGACAGAGACGCGGAGGCGGGGCCCAGCGCGAAAGCCGCCGCUCCCCCCGCUUUCUCUUCCGCAGCGGCGGAUAUUUAUCGGGAUGAGGCAGGCGGAGGGGGAGCGGAGAUACUUCCCGCGGACGAGGUCGCGCGGGGAACAGCAGGGCGCGGGGCGAGCAGCGGAGCGGAAGGGGGAACCGGCGGGGGAAGGGGGAACGGGGAGCAGGAUAGCGAAUCAAAUCUCCCACUUGAUGAUGACGUGGAAGACGAUUUAUCACUCAUCACGCUACAACGGCACGCUCCCACCAGCCGAUCCGCGCGCUUGAAACGCGCCUGCAGUAGACUCCUCUCGCCGGUCGCGAGCCCUAUAACGGGGAUAGCGGCGUGGAUGCGGGAGCUAGGUCGCGUGUUUGGGUGGCCGCUGCUGGGGGUUGUGAUGGUGACGUAUGGGAUUAAUCAGGGGUAUGCGAGCUCUCUCACGGACCUGUCGCUGAGCUACUAUUGGAAGGACGUGCAGCAUCUGCAACCCGCCGCUGCUCAGUUCUACAUGAGCUUCGUGUUGAUCCCGUGGGACGUGAAGCCGCUCUACGGCAUGAUCACCGACACCUUCCCCAUCCUCGGCUUCCAGCGGUGGCCCUACAUAGCCCUGUCGGGGGUCAUCGGCACAGCAGCGUGGUGGGCGCUGGGGGGGAUACCGGCGCUCGUGCCAGCAGUGGCAACGGCGCUGCUGGUGACACAGUCGCUGUUCUGUGCCGUGCCAGACGUGGUGGUUGAUGGCAUGGUGGCCCAGGAGAUUCGCCUGCACCCCACCUAUGCUGCGGACCUGCAGACCCUCCCAGCAGCCUGUCUCGCCCUGGCCUCGCUCCUCACAUACACCAUCAGCGGCUCUCUCAUUGAACACCUCGGCCCCUGCGGCACAUUCUUUCUCAUCUCCCUCGCGCCUUUCUCCCUCAUCGUGGCUGCGCUCCUGCUCCCGGAAACGCGCCUGCCCGAGGGCAAGAGGAGGGGGGAUGUGAAGAUGUUGAAGAGGACGUGGCGCCGCUUCAUUGGCACGAUUCGGCACCGGAAGAUUGCGCGGGCGGCGCUGUUCAUAUUUAUCGUGCAGGCCCAAACAAACAUCACCUCGGGAAUGUUCUUCUGGCUCACGGACGAGAAGCAGGGCCCGGGGUUCAGUGAGGUGUUUAUGGGCAUGGUGGGCGCGGUGGGGCAGGUGGGCAUGCUGCUGGGGGUCACUGCCUAUAACCUCUGGCUGCGCCGCUUCACGUACCGCUCUAUACUCUUCUGCACACAGUUCCUCCUCUUCGCCACCUGCUUUCUCGACCUCAUCCUCGUCACGCGCACGAACCUCAGGCUCGGCAUCCCGGACCACGCGUUUGUGAUCGGCGACCAGGCCUUCUCGCUAGCCAUGGGCCGCAUCCAAAUCAUGCCGAUCCUCGUGCUAGCGGCCCGCAUGUGCCCCUCGGGGAUCGAGGCAACCCUCUUUGCUUUCUACAUGGCAACAAGCAACUUUGGGAUUACUUGUUCCGAGUGGUGGGGUGCGGCGCUGCUGCACGCGGUGGGGGUGCGGAGGGAUAGCUAUGGAAACCUCUGGAUGGCUGUGGUUGUGAGGAUGUGUGCGCGGCUGCUGCCGCUGCUGGCUCUGGGGUUGCUUCCGGAAGGGGGCCCGGAGAGUGAGGUGGUUGAACAGUUGGAGCUGGAUGGGGACGAGGAGGAGGAAGAGGGGGAGGGGGAGGGGGAGGGAGGGGGAGAAGGGCAGGAGGAGCAGCGAGGGCUUGUGAGGAAACUGGAGUUUGACUUACAGGAGGCAGCAGAGUGUGAGACAGCAGGUGGGGAAGCAUCGGUCGGAGCAGGUGCAACUGGUGUUGGCUGUGCUGCUGCUGCUGCUGCUGAAGUGGUUAGUGAAGCUCGGGUAAACGAGGAAACUGAUUCUACGCAGCUAAUAGAAUUGGGCACUCUCCAAUAG